AUGGAAUCCAUCUCAUUCUCACUUCUGCCAAUCUUAAAUCUUCACUCACACAUUCUUUUUCCAAUCUUUGUGCUGCUGCUUAUUCUCCACCAGCAAAGUCAUAGCACAGNUCUGCCAAUCUUAAAUCUUCACUCACACAUUCUUUUUCCAAUCUUUGUGCUGCUGCUUAUUCUCCACCAGCAAAGUCACAGCACAGCCAACGCUGCUGCCCAGUUUGGUCAAUUGGGUUUUGAUCAUACGAUUGCAACUUCAAGCCUUCAUGAUGUUAAGGUCCCGAUGAAAGCUGUGGGCAUACGUGAAAGUGAUGUUCAUCACUUCGAGAAUAUGAGAUGUGCAAAUUUUGUUGUGAAAAAGCCUACAGUAAUUGGGCAUGAGUGUGCUGGGAUCAUAGAAGAAGUAGGUAGUGAGGUGAAAUCUUUGGCUGUGGGCAAUCGUGUGCAGUGGUUACCACUUGCUUCUCACGUAGCUACGAUACAUAAGUAG